UUUGUGGGCGGGUUCUGGUGUGACGUACAGCAAGCUGUGAUUGGUGCAGAGCUGUGUGUCCGGUACACGUGUCCUAGGAGUCACCGGAGCCGGGAUGCAGGACAUUCAGAAUGUGCCCAUUGACAUCCAGACCAGCAAACUGCUGGACUGGUUGGUGGAUAGAAGGCAUUGCACCCUCAAGUGGCAGAACAAGGUACAGCAGAUCAGAGAGAAGAUUAAUCAAGCAUUGCAGGACAUGCCGGAACAUGAGGAUAUCAGAAAGCUGCUGUCCGGAACAUAUAUUAAUUACUUUCACUGUUUGAAGAUUGUGGAGAUAUUGAAGGGUACAGAAGCUGCCACUAAGAACCUCUUUGGACGAUACUCUUCACAAAGAAUGAAGGACUGGCAGGAGGUGAUAUCUUUAUACCAGGCUGAUAAUACAUAUCUGGCGGAAAGCGGCAGCCUUUUGAUGCGCAGUGUGAGUUACGAGAUCCCAGGUCUGAAGAAGCAGAUGACUCGGUGUCAGCAGCUUGCGUUGGAGAGUGAACGGCGGGCAGAAGAGUGUGUUCAAGGUGCAGCUGAGCAAAGGGAGCAGUAUUAUAGCAGCUGCAAGCGCUAUGGCAUCACUGGAGAGGACGUCCGUAAAGAGCUUCAGAUGCUUGUGUGUGAUGUGCCAUCAUCGCUAAGACAGGUUGGAGCAGACGCAGCAGGGCUGUUACCUGCAAUCGAGUUAUAUCAGGCCUGUGUGUCAUUUGUGUGUGAAAGUUCUCCUGAGGAGGCUCUCCCACUUCUUCGCUUUGUGCAGAAAAAGGGAGAUACUACAGUUUAUGAAUGGCGCACUGGUCAGGUUCCACAAACUGUAGAAAGACCAGAAGUGAAAGAAAUUGAGGAAUCCCAGCAUGUAGCAGAGGGGGAGAUAGACUGGGGUGACCUUGGAGUAACUACAGAGACUGAGGCUCUGCAGACAUCAGAGGAAAUAAACUGGGGCAUUGUUUCAGAGGCCACGAGUACCGAUGGCAUUGUUUGGGAUAUUACUGAAACCUCUCCUUCUGAAAUCAUCUCUGUUGUGGAAGCUGGUCAUGAUGUACCCCCUGGUGUGGCACGAGGAACUGACGCUAUUACAGUUCUGGAAAACACAGAGACCCGAAACCAAUUUGUGGAUGAACUCUUGGAGCUCGAGCUUUUCCUGUCUCAGUGGCUCCAGGAUCUAGAUAAUGAUGCCGACAUUGUCACAGUCACACAGUUCCAGAAUGCUCCAGUCAUCCUGCAGGGCCAAACCCGGGAGAAAGUGAUCACAAUGUUGUCACACGUUAGAGAUCUAAUUGGCAGGUUAACAGAUGUGAAAAUGCGUCAUCUUUUUCUCAUUCUGGCCUCGCCACGGUAUGUAGAUAGAGUAAUUGAUCUACUACGGCAGAGGCUUAAUCAAGCGGAACUCUUGGAGAAGAAGAGAGAAGCAUGGCUGGAGAGGGGAAAGUCUGCCCAGGAGGAGAGGGAAAGCCUGGAGCCUAAGCUACAAGUCCUUCUGGAGAGAAGCCGUGAACUCCAGAAGCAGAUCGAAGCAGAAAUCUCGUGGAAGUAUAACAACCGACCUGUGAAAGUAAUUGGCACUGGACUUUGACCUUUUUGUCUUGUGACUUCAUGAUUGGUUCAUACAUUAAAACAUCUUAUUUUUAUGGAAUCGCUUAUGCUGAAUCUCCUGUCUUUAUAGUGCUGUCCCUCGAAAUCCACAAUGCACCCCUUUUUAUCUCUCCAUCCUGAGGAUGACACAUUCUAUCUCCAUCCCCACUUCUUCAUAUUACCGCAGUGCGAGAUGUGCACCUUUCCCCUCUUCUUGGCUUUCUAAUUACAUCCCAUCAGAAUGACGAGUGACCUGUCACUGCUCAUUAUUCUGGCUGCUCGUUAUCUCAGUGCUUAGGGGGGAGCAGCACCCUCCAGCUGGACAUUGAGUGAUGGCAUCUAUUAAUCAGCAGGCUCACAGAGCAAUACCUGUAACCACAGCUUGCUACAGAGCGUGCAACUCUGCCAGGAGGCAGGAUGCCAUGGUUUGUCAGGUUCUGAGUGGCUGGAAUAAAAGAACAACACUGCAGGAUUUGCCUGAAAAGUUGAUAAGGGAGCAUCACCUUGUGGGUCUGUGACUGAACACUUCUGGCUAUUGUGACACUUUGCUCCACUGCUGAUAAUGGGUUAAGGCAGACAUUAUUGCCUGGCUUAGAUAGAAAAAGAAACAUUGAUUGUGACUGCGUGAGCUUUAGAAUAUUUGCAGAGAGAGUUCUUUUCUGUAUAUAACUGUACUACACAUGCCCAGCUCUAGAAACGGAACUAUGUUGAUGCUAUCUGUAGGAAAUAAGUGUAUAAGGUAAAGAUAACAUUUUUUCACCUUCAGAAGGUGACCCUUAAAUGUCGGCCCUUACCUAAUAAAUUUGUUAUCUUUAACUUUUA